AUGUCGGACCCUAAACGUGCUACUCUUAUAACAGUGGGUGCUCCAAAAAGUGCAAAGAAAAAUGUGACAAAAACCGUGAGAUUAACUAUAAAUUUGGAUGAAAGCAACGAAAGUAAAUAUUCCGAGCUGAAUUACAAGGAACUAGUCAUAGCAGAAGAGAGAAAGAAGAGAGUUGUAAAUGGCAAGACUGCAGGGCUGGACCCAUUCUCAGAUAAUGAUGAUGACGUGGAACGAGUCGCCAGAAAAUUUGAACAGAAAUACGGAGGUAAGAGCACCUACGGAAGAAGGGGAAGGUCGAAGCACGACGACUUUGCCGACAUUGGGGCUGGCUAUGAUGAAAACGAUUCGUUCAUUGAUAACACACAUGGCUACGACGAGAUGAUCCCACCGGAAUGUGACACGCUGUACGGUGGCUUCUACAUAAAUAGUGGCUCAUUAGAGUUCAAGACAGUAUCUGAUGAACACCAAGCCAACUCUGAGGAAGAACCUGCUGGCAGUAGAAGGUUGAAGCGACGUAUAUCCUCAAGCAGCAGUGAGGAAGAGUCUUCGGAGAGCUCGUCAGAGUCUGAGAGCCAGGACGAGAAGGCCCCGAAGGCGAUCGCCAAUGGAACCGUGAACUCACAUAAGACUGAGCAUCGGAAAAAGAAAAACAAAAAAAUUGAACAGAAAAAAGCCAAUAAGAUACGUAGGACCGAUUCGUCGGCGGCGACGUCAGGCAAACAGACAUCCGACGAUAACGCUCCAGCGGACGCUGAGAGUGCAGACUCUCGUACAUCACAGUCAGAUUCUCUAACUUCCAAGCCUGCUCCGAGCUCUGAAAAUGCUAUCACUUCAGAUAGUUCUAGGGAUGUGGAAGCAAAAGUGGAGGUGAAAUUACCUCAGCCAGUGUGCCAAGUGUUGGAAGAGUUGGAUGCAUUCAGUCGGCAGCUACUAAAUAACAAAACCCCAACUGAAGAGGUGGAAAUAAAGAGUGAUCCCUACAUUACUAGGUUAGAGCGUACAUUAUCUAAGUGUAACACAUCGAGUCAAGCUCAGCGCAUCGCAUGGAGCAAGGCUGCGCGUAUGCUUAGAGUAUCCCGACAUCGGCUGUUACAAAAAGCCAGGGCUCGGACACAAACAAACACGGAUAAUGAAACGCCAACUACUGCCUCAACUACUCAAGCUAGCAUUGUUAACACGGUAACAACAACACCGCCUACAACAAACACAACAACAAAUACGACAUCAACAACAAACACAACAACUACAACAAACACGACAACGGCAACUGUCGCGACAAUAAACUCAACAACACAGAGCAACAAGCGCAAGGUUGAUGAAGAUGCAGAAGAUUUGGACAUCAGCAGGUUGACCACUGAGGAGAAGGAAGCAAAAAUUGUUGAUACACUCCGAAGGUUGAAAGCUUUAAUAGACGAGCGAAAGCCAGGUAUGAUGGCCAGCUAUAAUGCAGAGUGUGAGAGGGUUCAAGAAGAAAGAAAAAAGAUUCAAAUCGCUUCACGGUCAGAAGGUGCACCAGUGGUAGAGAAACGGCUGCCAAAACGGCGGUUCCCUUGGUGUACCCGCAGCAGAUCACUCCUGGCGCGGUUGGCGAGACUGGGUGGCCAAGACGCCCCGGACCUACUGGCGCGUAGGGCUUUACCCCUCUUUCCUAAGGGCUUUGUGAGGAUGCCCACCCUACUGCGACAGGCUGAUAUCAGUAAAGAAAUGAAGGCAGCAGAAGCAAAGCGGCAACGAAUCAACUCAAUGUCGCAACCUGCAGUCAUCAAUCCACAGCCUGUUCAACCGUUCACUGAACAGAUACAAUUCCCCAGCUCUCUUACAGUCACCACAAGUGUUAAAACAACGGAAAAACAUGAAACCGAGGACAAGGACUCGAAAUAUAAAAUCAAUCCUGCAGUAUUUGGCUCCAUUAUUAAUAGUUAUUCCUUAAAUAAUGAUUUAAUAGUUGAGAAAGCAGACGACAAAAAAAAGGAAGCUGUGGAUAAAAGUAAAGAAGACUUGUACAUUCCUCCAAACAAUAUUGGCAGUAUAACAAUUACGCCUGUGGUUAACCCACCUAAACCCGAGAAAAAAAUUAACAAUGUUACUAUAACUGAAAAACAGAAAGAACCAUUAUUAAGAGUGAAAUCUCCCGCGGCUUUGAACGAAAUGGUCAAUAAAAAGGAAAAAGAUAAACAUAAAAAACCAGACAAACCGCCAAAGGAAAAGAGAGUAGAAUCCCCACUCCAAAUAGACACCAGUUACCAAUUAAAUAAGAAAGAACCAACACCUAGUCCAAAAUUAAAAGAUGAGAUCAGUCAGAAGCAAAUAGAAAGUAUGAGAACAGCAGAGGACAAUCUGCCAAGGCCUGCAUUAGUUCCCGUCCAUCAUUCUCCCACGUUUGCCAAACCUGAUAAAAGACCUCCCGAGGUGAAAAAGAAGAAAGAUGUUGUGAUAAUUUCCGAUAUGGACCCAUUAGGGGAUGUUCAACAGGAACCUUUAGCAGUGGACGAUAGUAGCAGUGAUGUAGAGGUUAUUGAAGAGAAAAAUAUUGACAAAAGUGAACGGAAGUGUGAAAGCAAGAACAAUACAGUGCCUUUGAAAGACAAAGUGAGUGUGAAGGAUGUGCAAAAAAAAGUGAAUAGUGUUAAACAUAAAGACUCAAGUACAAGUAAAGAGGGUAAAGAGUGCUCACGAAGGAAUGAUUCUCUGGAGGAGUCAACAAAUGAAGACAUAGAUACGCUUAUGAGAAAUAUUAUGGCUAUGGAGCACUCCCAAGAGCCUGCAAAGUUAAACUGCAAUUCAUACGGGGGAGUCAUUACCAGUGCAAAACACGAGAAGUCUUCCAACCAAAACUACAACGCAAGGAAUGCUAUAUUCGUGGAGCCACGUAGUGAGAAAGAUAAAUUCGCAGAACGAACUUCUUUGAACAAAAUGGAUGGAUGUAGCGCCAUCACAGGUUGA